GUAAAAUAUGGUACUUUGGGGGGGUUUCACCACAUAACAAUGAGCCGUUGUUAACCUAAUGUGUGUGCGUCUCAAAGGUGUGUAAAUCGGUCGACUGAGGUUUAAAAGCCUGAGCGGACUAAUGGAUCUCCUGGCUCUUGACUGCGGCCCAAGGGCACUACAACUUCAACCCUAUUGUUCUUUUUUUUUUUUCACGCCUCAGAUCAAUGGACUAAGUAUAUAUGACCUACACAAAAAAAAACACCCCACACCCUGUCGACGCGCACUAACAUUCAUCCACUAACGUGUUUGUUUGUGUCGUAGGUGUUGAGUCUCAGCUGAAAAUGGCAGGAGAUUCCCGAGUCCUCAUGGACCACAACAUGGAGAUAGGAGUCACACCUGCACAGGUAAAGAAGCUUCCCAAGCACUUGCGGGAUGCUUCCAUCACGACAGAAAGAACCCACCUGAUUCCUGACCCAGCAAAGAAGCCACGUCAGCGAUAUGUCCAGAAGGACGGCAAGUGCAACGUCCACCACGGAAACGUCCAAGAGACGUACCGAUACUUCAGCGACUUGUUCACUACGCUGGUGGAUCUACGCUGGCGCCUGAGUUUUUUCAUCUUCACUUUGGUCUACGUUGUUAACUGGCUCUUCUUCGGCUUCCUCUGGUGGCUGAUAGCACUCAUUCGAGGUGAUCUGUUGCACGCCGACGAGGACGGCUGGACUCCGUGCGUGGAGAACUUGAACAGUUUUGUCUCGGCCUUCCUCUUCUCCAUCGAAACGGAGACCACCAUCGGGUACGGGUACCGUGUGAUUACAGAGAAAUGCCCCGAAGGCAUCAUCCUGCUUUUGGUGCAGGCCAUUCUGGGCUCCAUCGUGAACGCCAUGAUGGUGGGCUGUAUGUUUGUGAAGAUCUCGCAGCCAAAGAACCGCGCAGAGACCCUCAUGUUUUCACACAAUGCCGUCAUAGCACUGAGGGACAACAAGAUGUGCCUGAUGUUUCGGGUGGGAGACCUGAGGAACUCUCACAUCGUGGAGGCAUCCAUCCGAGCCAAGUUGAUCCGGUCGCAGCAGACCAAGGAAGGGGAAUUCAUCCCCCUCAACCAGACGGACAUCAACAUAGGGUUCGACACCGGAGACGACCGGCUGUUCCUGGUGUCGCCGCUCAUCAUCUCUCACGAGAUCAACGAGAAAAGCCCCUUCUGGGAGAUGUCGAUGGCGCAGAUGGAGAAGGAGGAGUUUGAGAUUGUAGUGAUCCUGGAAGGAAUGGUGGAAGCCACAGGAAUGACGUGUCAGGCGAGGAGCUCCUACCUGGACACCGAGGUGCUGUGGGGCUACCGCUUCACUCCGGUUCUCUCCCUGGAGAAGGGCUUCUACGAGGUGGACUACAACAACUUCCACGACGUCUACGAGACCAACACGCCGGCCUGCAGCGCCAAGGAGCUAGCUGCCAAGCUCCGAGUGGAGCCGCUGCUGCCUCAGCUCUCCCUCCUCAGCCCCGAGCCCAAAACUCAUACUUUUGACCCUCUAAACCGCCUCUCCCACCAGGACCCAUUGAGGGGGGAUGAGGACAAAGACGACAGAGAUUCAGGGGGCGACAGAGGAGAAACUAAUGGCUUAUCCUCAGCUUUGGAGGAGCUGCCCCUCGCCGACGGAUUGCCAGGCUGAUUGGUCACAUUGGCUGGAGGUAAACCUGGACAAAGGCGGGACACACUUUUAUUCUUGGUUUAGUUAGUGGCCGGCUUUUUUCCAUCGCAGUACUUGGAGAUUUGAGACAGCCAUCUUUAGCCCCCGAGUCACGCAAUAUUUCUGUACUAGACGAGUGUCAAUCUAUUGUAUAGAUUGGUUUUGUAGUCACAUAAACUGAUGCACAAUGACAAUAUCUACUGUAUAUCCACAACUUACAGCUCAGUUUCCUUUUUUUGUUAUUUUUAAUAUAAACACAACGAUCACUUACUUGGAUUAGGGGUUUGAGUUCUUUACUUCUUAAAGCCAGUAGCCAUGACAGAGUACCACGAGCCUAUAACGAUUACUGCGAUACUCUCCACUUAGAGUGUGUUUAUCAGCCUAGUUUCAGUCUCAUAACUCAGCUACCGUGUCUGACAGCUUCUCUACUAACGGAUCCUUGUUAUCGAACCUUUCAAAAGAACUGUGAGCGACUCCUACUUCCUGUCUCUGUCCGUGUUAUUGUUCUGCGUCUGAAAUCCCACUUUGCCUCCAAGAAACUAAAAGAAUUUUUUUUUUUCCACGGGAUUUCGGGAGUUGCGGUAAAAGGCGUCUCGUGCUGGUGACUAGUUUUUUCGUUGUCUACGUUGACUCACGGUUACACUGUCGCAAACGCACUCUCGUCGUCUGAGAUCCUCCCGAACACACCGGCGAGAACGUUGACCCAAAAGAAACCAGCAAGUACCUCAUUUUAUACCAACCUUCAGGGUCUGAAAUGAACACAAAACGGUAAAGAGUACACGCUGGUCUGGAGAACGGACGCUACGGCUACGACAUUAAAACUUCAUGUCUGCUGAAAGAUUCAAUUCCUCCUCCUGCUGCAGGAACUAAAACAUUAAUCCCAGGCCCAUUACUCGGUAAAGCACAAUAAAGCAGGAGGUGACUC